ACUUUCCCUGAGGGAAGGGGAAACCUUUCUAUGACGGACCAGAAGUUGGGGCUGGGAGGCGGAAGUUCCGUUUGGACUCGGAGGCGAUGAUGAGCUUCGAGUGGCCCUGGCAGUACAGUUUCCCGCCUUUCUUCACGUUACAGCCCAAUGUGGACACAAGGCAGAAACAGCUGAUCGCUUGGUGUUCCUUAGCCCUGUCUUAUUGCCGUGUCAACAAGCUCUACACCAUGACAGUCGCAGAAGCCCAGGAGAGCCCUUUGUUCAACAAUUGGAAACUGCAGCGAAAACUCUCAUUGGAAUCCAUACUUGUUGUAUUAGAGGAACUCAGGAAAAAAGGCAAUCUUGAAUGGCUUGACAAGAACAAAUCUAGCUUUCUGAUCAUGUGGAGACGUCCGGAAGAAUGGGGAAAACUCAUCUAUCAGUGGGUGUCAAAGAAUGGACUUACCAACUCAGUUUUCACGCUAUAUGAACUAUCCAAUGGGGAGGACACAGAAAAUGAAGAGUUCCAUGGUUUGGAGGAAUCGAUGCUGCUCCGUGCUCUGCAAGCAUUACAGCAGGAACACAAAGCCGAAAUCAUCACCCUGGAUGAUGGACGAGGUGUCAAGUUCUUCUAACCAAGAUGCUGCUCUGGGCAAACACAUUUUCUGGGUUGAAGGGCUUCUCUGUGCUCUGGUUUUCUUGCAUUGAAGGCCGAAACAUCAAAAUGUUGUCUUGAUGGCUCAGCAUCUGACUCUGUGUUUCUCCUUGCUGUUGCUGCUGUAGCUUCCAUUCCUUUGAGGGCUUGUGGUGUUAAAUGAUGCUUUGAAUAGAUCUAUUGGGAAACCAGAGUAUUCACUGGGUUGAGUCAACAUGAAGCAAAUUUUGGCUUUUUGAUUUUGACCUUCCAACUGCAGGAACUUGUUGCUUGCAGUACCGAGCCACAAUUUUGGGAUCAAAAAUACAGUUCCUUCCCUCUUGUGGGCCAGGAGGCCACGCAGACUGGGCUGUCCACAGUAGGAUGAGACAUUAAGGACUUUGGAUAAAAAUUAAACAACACAUUAUUUCCUAGAA